AUGACCAAUCAGAAGAACAAGAAAGGUUGGGGCGAAGAUGAGCCAGAUGAAGAGUCACACACACCCCUCCCUCCUCCUAUGAAGAUCUUUGACAAUGACCCUACACAGGAUGAGAUGUCCUCCUCUUUGCUAGCAGCCCGGCAGGCUUCCACUGAAGUACCUUCUGCUGCAGACCUUGUCAGUGCAAUAGAACAAUUGGUCAAAAGCAAGCUGAGUCUAGAAGGAGGCUCAUACCGGGGAAGCUUGAAAGACCCUGUAGGCUGCCUGAAUGAGGGGAUGACCCCACCCACACCUCCUAGAAACCUGGAAGAAGAACAGAAAGCCAAGGCCCUGAGAGGCCGGAUGUAA